UUUCAACCUGCAUUACUGAAAAGUAGAAAGGGAGACGAAUUUUGGUGGAGAAGGAGUUUAAUAAGUUUGUUAAUUUGUUGUUGCGGUUGAUUAGAAUUUGAGGAAAUUUGAAGGAGAUGGAGUCGAAUCAAAGAUCUCCAUCGUAUUAUGAUGUUCUUGGCGUUUCUAUGGAUUCCUCCGACGACCAGAUCCGACGUGCUUAUCGGAAGCUUGCUAUGCAAUGGCAUCCUGACAAGUGGACGAAGAAUCCGUCGCUUUUGGGGAAAGCUAAACGUAAAUUUCAACAAAUUCAGGAAGCUUAUUCAGUUUUAUCAAAUCAGAAGAAGAGAUCAAUGUACGAUGCUGGAUUUUAUGAUCCUCAAGAUGAAGAAGACGAGGGUUUUGCUGAUUUUCUGCAAGAGAUGUCAUCUUUAAUGGAAAACGUAAAGAAAGAGGAGAAAAGUUACAGUUUUGGGGAACUACAAAGCAUGUUCUGGGAAAUGGAGCGAAGUUUCAAUCAUUCAGACUCUUUUGGUUUUGAUUUUAACGUUGAAUACAAAGAGCCAGUUUUUUCUCAUGAAGUUUUAACUUCGGAUGAUGAUUCAAGAAGUUCAAAGAGAGCAAAAGCUGACGUAAACCCAUUGCCAAAAUUUCAUCAAUCGGGCAUUGGUAUACAAGAAGCCAAGUGUGUAUAGAAUAAAACGGAGUUGAUUAUGGCAAUGAAACAGAACUUUUGAUGGUUGGCUAUUCAGAAAAAGAAUGAAAUGUGGAUGGAGAAGAGAACAAAUGCUUGGCCAUGGAGCUUCAUACAUGUAA